AACAAAAUAAUAAUCCAAUGUUCACUCUUAGCAACCUGAUAACUUCAACUUCAGCCCUCAUUUACAAGCCAAACCACCAAGUCAAACUUGCAAAAAUGGACGCCACCAUCACCACCACCGCCGACCACCACGUCGCCACCCAAUCCGCCACCACCGACCACCUCUCUCCACCACAACCGCUAUCAAAAAACGCCCAAAAGAAGCUCUUAAAACAGCAACGAUUCGAAGCGAAAAAAGCAGAGAAAAAAGCGGCCAUGAAAGAGGAGAAGAAGCGGCAGGGGGAGAGGAAGCGGAAAGAGUGGGAAGAAAAGCUGUCGAAUUUAUCAGAAGAAGAGAGGUUGAAGACGAUCGAGACGAGAAAGGGGAUGCGGAGAGAGAGAAUGGAGCAGAGGAAUGAGGAGAGAGAGAGUAAAACCCUAAGGCUUUCGGAGGCGAAGAAAAGUGGUCAGAAGGUUGUUCUUGAUCUGCAGUUUUCGGAACUUAUGGCUCCUAAUGAGAUUCAUAGUCUUGUUAAGCAGAUAAUGUAUUGUUAUUCCGUGAAUGGAAGAAGUGUGGUCCCAUGUCAUCUUUGGUUGACCGGCUACGCGGGGGAAAUCGAAAGCCAAUUACAAAAGAUGCCCGGGUUCGAUAAAUGGAUAAUCGACAAGGAUACGGGUCCGUAUAUCAAUACUUUUGAAAGUCAAAAGGAGAAUUUGGUCUACCUGACAGCCGACUCCGAAAACAUGCUCUCUGAACUUGAUUUAAACAAAAUUUAUAUUAUUGGCGGGCUUGUGGAUAGAAACAGGUGGAAAGGGAUAACCAUGAAGAAGGCCGUAGACCAAGGAAUUCAAACCGCAAAACUUCCGAUCGGCAACUACCUCAAAAUGUCGGGUUCUCAGGUUCUUACGGUGAACCAAGUGAUAGAAAUACUUCUCAAGUUCUUGGAAACGAAAGACUGGAAGGAGUCGUUUUUUCAUGUGAUUCCUCAAAGAAAAAGAUGUGAAACCGAAGAACAAGUGGCUCAGGAAGAAGAAGGGGAUGAGGAAUCUGAGCAAGGGUUGAAAAGGCAAUGCAUUGAAACAUAGGUGUAACCAACCUUUCAUUUUGACUUUGGUAUUUUUAGAAUUUUGCAUGUCAAAAACAUUUUUUAGUUGGAUUUAUUUUGAUUUGGAGUUCGAACGCCUCUUGUGCCUCAUCUAUAGUACGAGAUAUUCACCAUAAAUAUACCUUAAUAUCUUGUAACAUGCUUGAAACACAAA